AUGUCGGAUCCCCGCCAGCUUCCCGCCACGCCCAUCGCCCGCACCCGUACCGCCCACCGCCGCGGUACCGCUGCCUCGGACCAUCUCCCCCUCCUCCUCCACUCUGCGCCUCCGCCCUCACUCAGCAACAGGACCACUGCGGCCAGCAGGUCUGGCCCAAGGAGUGCACACUGGUCACAACCUGGUGGCAGUAGCAGUCACAUCUCUGCACCUCGGACCAAGUAUCCCCCAGACUCGACGACUCCCUCUCGCCCCCGCGGCUUGCCUCCUCGUCCACCCGCUGCCCACCCCUCUGCCAGUGGUGUGCAAGUAGACAGUGACCCCGAUCUUACCCCACGCAAGACCGACAAUUUCCCUACGCCUCCUGCCUUCAACCCUGCCCUCACCAGGAGCUGUCAGAACCUUCGUGCACAGACAAAGUGGAGAAGGAAGAGCGAGCAGCUUCCACAUCCGCCCUCGGUCGCCCAUCGGCACUCCCUCUCCGAAGCCUUCUUCAACGGAUACGAGAGCAAUAGCAGUAGUGGUAGCGGUAGCAGCAUGUCUGAAGAGCUUGCAAGGAGGAGGAGUGGCAGAGCAAGUACGAGUACGGUUCCCAGCUCGCCCGGUAGAGUCUCUUCUCGUGCUUCUCGAUUAGCUCCUUCAACCUCGUCUGAUCUAUCAGCACGUCCAUCCUCGUCGCUGGCUCGCUCGUCGAGACCACGUCGUAGCGACCUUCAUGAACAAGAGGUCCGCGAAAUCAGGUCACAGUCUCGAGCAGGCUUUGCUAGAGGGACAGACGAUGACGAAGACGACAAUGGUGGUCCGUUGCAGCAGAAGGUAGCUCCGCAAACGUCCUCGCCCCUCUCACGGUCGGCUCGCGAGAGGACUCGCACGAGAUCCCCCUCCAGCUUGGCAACAGAGACCGCCAAAGCCUCACUCGCGACAAAGUCGCCUGUCACAUCACCUCCCUCGUCAGUGGCAGAUGAUGAGGUACCCACGAGGAGAAGGACUCUCGCCGCUAGGCGGCGGACCUAUGCCUCUGAGCUGGACAGCUCCUCCGAUACCCCUCAUGCUCAGAGAUACCUCCCCCAUAUCCUCGCCGACUCUUCUUCCUCCAAAACUCUGCACUUGCGCACUUCCAGUAGCCCCAGGAUGAACUUCAAUCCGCUUCCAAGGCCCAUCACCAGCGUCGGAGUCAGAGCAUACUCGCGGGCGGGCAGCGUUACUGGAGGGGAUGCCGACUUCCAUCGUGGCCCUGUGCCUUCACAACGCUCGGACGCUCCCCUCUCCCCAUCUGAGUUGGCUCGAAUCAGAAAGAUCUCUUCUCUCUCUGCCGAGUCGGCUCCUCCCAGCUCUUACAAGCUCGGCACAGCUCGCAGCGACAUCUUUUCUGGCAAUAGCGCUUUAUCGCCCUCCACCUCGGAGCGACUGAAGCUCCUUCAGGGUAGAAGAGAAGCGUUGCAGCGGCUUUCAAAGGAAUCGGCAGGGACAAAUGGCUCUCCAGCAUCUGGAACCAGUGUGAAGGACGCUGGAGGAAUUGCUGCCCAGGCAGACCGUCGCCCUCCCUCUCGCAGCGCAUCGGUAGCGGGAGCUUCCUCUCUAUACCGUUCACCUCGUGAGAGAGCUGGGUCAAUGACGAACUCGGCGCAGUUUAGUGAGCCGAGACGACGAUCGACUCAUUACGCAGCCUCGGAAGUGGGCGGCGAUCGCUCACGCUCGAUCAUCAACACAAGUGACAGCACUCGGCAAAACCGCAUCCCAGCUACGCCCACUGCUCGUGCAGCAAUGUCAGGGACCGCCAGCGCAAUGAGUGGCUCCCGAUCGCACAGCAGAUUUGCGGCUUCUGCUCGUCAUCCUCUGCCUUCAUCUAGUUCGGCGCCUGUCCUCGCCCAGCAAGACCUCGACAAGGUGUCAGCCCCCGAGCGCAAUAUGCUCGUGUCCUUCGACCUCUUCGAGCGACACUUUGCAAAAACUCGCGUGCUACCCACUUCCCCAUCCACCGCUCAAGCGCAACAGCCACCUGCCUCUUCCCUUGAUCUCGUGGAGAAAUCUAGGCAAUUCGUCGAGACUGUCUCUACACUAAAUGGAGGCAUCCGCGAACUAGCUCAGCAGGCCAUCCAGAGAGAGAUUGAGGCGGAGAUGCGAGGUGACUCUGAAGGAGUGGCAAUGCUCAGGGAGAUGGACAGCAUGCUGGCUCAACUACUCAAGCACAGUGACAAGCAGAUGAGAGGAAUGGGAGACCUCUUGUCGGCUAUGAUCCGAGUAGACAAGGAUGCCGUCAAGGGAGGGAUCGAGAGUUUCGAUGCUGUCUCUUCUAGAGCCGACAGCCGACUGGGCACAGCUUCGAGCGUAUCUGCACGAGAAGAAGUGGGCAGGAACCAGGCGACUCCCGUCUCGAGUGGUACGCAUGGAGAACAGAUGCGCAAGAGUGCUACUCUGGGUCACUCUUCUGGCAGUCGUGCUGAUCGGUGGCACGGACAUUCUGUCCCUGCAAAGCUUCGACGAGAGCAGCGCGACAUCCGCUUGAUUGCAGAUUCGCUCAGGGGCACACCUGGCAGGCCCUACAGUCAGAAUCGCCGAAAUGGAGAUUCUGCAAGCCCUGCCCUGCUUGCGGAUCAAUCAACUAGUUUUGAAGGAGAUGAUAGCAUCGAUCGAAGUCCUUCUCUCUCGUACACGCAAAGGAGACGUCAAUCAGGCAGUCAUUACCGAGAUAUCAACCAGUCUCGAUCGCAGACUGCUCUGGCUCGCUACUUUCCUGGUGAAGCUACGUCGUCUUCCUCCCCUACACUGCAACGCAAAGAACUUCCCAUGAUGCGCCGGGACUCUGUCUCGACUCUUGGCAGACCCAAUGGCAUUACAGGCCUCUCGCCUCGUCUCCCACGUCUAUCGCACCCCAGCGUGGACACUGCCACUGCCGUUGCUCGACUGGAUGCCGCCCAGUUAGACAAAUCAGGCCACAAUCGACGAUCCACAGUCGACAUGGUGGGCAACGAUCAAGCGCGCAAUACUUCUCCUACGUCCUUUUCGAGUGAAGCCGAGACGCUUAGGCAUCGUAUGAGGAGUGGUGGUACAGACAGUGAAGGCAAUACGACUUCUCGCUCUGCCUACGAGGCCGACUACUCUUCUACGAAUAUGAGCCCCAGCAAAUCGGUCGCUCCACCUCCCCGCCCGCCCAAAGCUUCUCGCCGCUCGCAGACUGACCUCAGAAGCUCGAGCAAGACAGGUCAUGUUAGAGGUGCUGACAUUGGCGGUGAUGCUGCCUCUCCGGAUGCACAGACGGAUGCUCUCAAUGGCGGCCUUGCUACGAGUGGGACUGCAAUCAUCCAGCCUGUGACUGGUGAGGCUAGGAUUGCGCUCAAGAUGGUCGAAAAGACGUGGAGUGAGCGGCAGCCAGAAGGCGUCUAG